AUGAAAAUUAGUAUUUUCAAUUAUCAAUAAAAUUUAAAUAAUUCCAAAGCAAGAAUAAAUUAAUAAUUUAACUUUGAGUUUCAACAAUCUAAAUUAAAGAGAAAAUUAAUCUAAUAAAAUAAAGCUCAAAGUUUAAAUAUCCUCAAUGAUAUUUCUUGGAGCAAUAUCCUCCUUGAUAACAGACACAAAUUCUUGGGAACUUAAAAUGUAUUAUAAUUUAAUUACUUAAUUAGAUUAAUUAAAAGGAAUUUAGACUAAUUACAAUAAAAAUAAUGCUUUAUGAAAUGGAUAUCCAUUUGAAUAAGUAAUAGUGA